ACCGGCGGUAGUCGCGAUCUGCCCGCCGCCGCGGCCUCACGUCCGCCCCAGCCCCACCACCGUCGGAAAAGUUCCCAGCCGCAGUGACGAGUGAACCGUGCCAGUGUGUAUGAUGUAGCGUGUGCCCCCGUUGUUAUGGUGAGGACGCGCUAGCGUCAAUGGCAGCGUGCCCGAGGUUCCCGUUUCAACAGUAAAGUUAUCCAGAAAAAUGUGCGAACUCGAGUGGCAUACUAUAUUUGUGCGUGCGGACAUAUCGCGAGUGACAAGUGACGGCAACAGUUAGGUGAUGUGCGCGUAAGGUUCGACCACGACGUCGAACUAUUCGGAGUGGGGGACGCUGGCGCCUGCGGCCAGCGAUGGUAUGGACUUUGUACUCGGCAACGGCAGCGAGGAGGGAUGGAACGCGACGGAGGAGGCGGCGAGUGCGGACCUGUACAACUACUGGGCGUGGAGCAUCAUCGACGGCGCGCUCAUGCUGCUCAUCGUCAGCGGCAACACGCUCACCAUCCUGGCCGUGACGCUGAGCCGGCGCCUGUCCUCGCUCGUCUCCAACCAGUUCGUGCUCAACCUGGCCGUCUCCGACCUGAUGGUCGGCCUCACGCUGCCCUACCAUCUCGUGUUCUACCUUGACUCUAGCGUCGGCAAGAUCAAGUGGUCUUGUCUGAUGAGAUUCAUUCUUAUUAUACUCGCGUGUCUCGCGUCUAUUUACAACAUCAUCGCAAUAGCUGUCGAUAGGUACAUCGCGAUCGUGCACCCGCUGCACUACAGCCGCUACAUGACGAAGGUGGUCACGCGCGUGCUCAUGAGCGCCACGUGGUCGAUAGCGGUGUGCAUCAGCUGCAUCCCUAUGUUUUGGAAUGACUGGCACGAAGGGGUCGCUUGCGAGAUGAACAUGGUGGUGCCGAAGAGAUACACGACGUGCAUCCUGGCGCCGAUGUUCUCGCUCAUCUGGAUGGUGAUGUUCGUGCUGUACUGGCGCAUCUGGCGCGAGGCCACGUGCCACGCGCGCCGCAUGCGCGCCAACACGUGCUGCCCCUCGGGCGCCAACGACUGGAAGAGCAUACAGGUUGUCCUGCUAGUGCUGGGGUCAUUCUCCAUAUGCUGGAUGCCGUUCGUGGUGGUGGCGUGCGCGCAGACGCUGCCGAUCCGGCCGCUGCACAACCCCAUCGCGUACCGGCUCACGUCGUCGCUGGCCAUGUCCAACUCGGGCAUCAACCCGCUCAUCUACGCGUGGAAGAACGCCGGCUUCCGCGCCGCCUUCGCCAAGCUGCUGCGCUGCAAGCGGCCGGACACGUCGGAGUACCGCGGAUCGCCGGCGCCGGAGCGCAAGCGCGGCUCCGUGGCGCUGCGCGAGGGCUCCGUGUCGCGCUCAAGCGCACCCGCAUUGACCGGGCUGGGCGCGCUGGGCGGCCGGCCGGCGCGGCUGCUCAUAGCGGAGCGCGAGCCCGACGCGGCGCGCUGUCGCAUCAUAGAAAACGCCGGCUACGUGGACGCCGACGCCGGCGACGCCAACCCGUCGUACGCGCCCGACCCCCCGCCCGUCCACCGCCCGGCCCCCCGCCCCCCCGGCGCAGAAGUAGUGUAGUGUAUUUUUCUAAACGACCUGACGUUUGUGGGAAGUGAAACGCUUUUAGCAUUUAAAGUUGUUAGUGACUCGUAGGUACCCCCCUUCGCAUUUAGGUACCUGUUGAUCUACGCUCAAGUUUUUAAAAGCUUUAUUGUUGAAUUUUUAUUGACAGAUUUUAAUCAGUUUCCAGCAUAAUAAAGAUUUUAAUGUAAAGAGAUCCUCUGUCAAAUAAAUUGAGAU